AUGUCGCUUCCCAGACGUGACACGGCUGUCUCCACCUCUUCCACCAGCAGCGCCGGAUCCAUGUCCGGUCUUGGCCGCACCCGACAGGUCAUUGAGGACAGUUACAUCGACCCAGAUCGUCUGAGGAAUUAUAUGACCAAGAACUUUGAGCCUGGGUCGUGGACAGUCCGGAUCAAACUGGGCAUGGUCGAGAUUACAUCCCCAUGCAAAAUCCCAAAGGUAAGUGCGGAAGAACAAACCACAAUCGAAACCCGUCUUCUCAAGCCUACCUGUGACUUGUGGAUGCCAUGGGCACAAAUGGGCACAAAGUGGGUCCUGCUGACCUCCUUUUCGCCCUGGCAGAAGGAUUAUCGUCUUUUCACUUUGCCCAGUUAG